AUGGGUUUCAAAUAUCAUUGUGCGAAUUGUCAGGUUUAUUUGGCUGAUACGGCGGCGAUUAUGUCGACUAAUUUUAAUGGUGUCACCGGUCAGGCGUACCUAUUCAAGACGGUGUCAAACGUGUCGUACGGUGCGUUGACUCGUCGUGAAAUGAUGACUGGAAACCAUUUUGUUCGUGACGUUUUCUGUGGUGGUUGUAAGGAACAUAUUGGAUGGCUGUACGAGUUGGCACCCACUGAUCACGAAAAGUAUAAAGAAGGUUGCACAGUUCUGGAAUGUGCGCAUUUCAACGAGUCUGACAUGAUUUCUGACGACGAUCCACCACCUCGUGAAGAGAAACUUCUGGAAGAGAAUCCAGAAGACGAACCCCGUGGUGAGCUGUACGGCUGUCGCGCCUGUUUCACCUACAUCACUUGUGCCCGAGAAUUGACGAGUUCCGCGUUUACAGGCAGCACUGGCCCGGCAAUCCUCUUCAAACGUGCCUGGAACGUGACACACGGAGAUUUGAGAGAACGAGAGAUGACGACGGGAUUGCAUGUUGUUAGAGACGUUCAUUGUGGCUCGUGCACGAAAAAACUUGGUUGGAUGUACGAAUUGGCGCUGGUCAACUCUCAGAUCUACAAAGAGGGACAAGUGAUAUUGGAGAAUGCUAAUUUGUGUAGAAUCGGUGAAAAACCCGGAGUGCCCUUGCCACCGAAAUUCGAGGCGUCACGUCAUCGGAAAUCAUCGCGUCAUCGAAAGUCGUUUGCGAGAAAACCCCGAUCGAAUUCUGAAUCCGAGUCGUCUUCAUCGUCGUCCUCAUCGGAUUUCAGCGAAAUACAUUAA